CUGUGUUGGAUGGAUCAAUUGUCAUAGUUUUUGGGGAUUUUUUUUUCAUAUAUUGAUCUACAUUUAAAGGGUCUCAUACUAUCUUGUUCAGCAUGGAAAGCUAUUCUUGGAAAACAUCAAUGGAAUCCUCCUGUCAUGUAAACAGUAUUAUUUGCAAUGGCACACUUGAAUGUUUACUACCUGAUGAUAAUUAUAAUCGCGUUCUAAACACGGUGCUAAGCACUGUUAUCACAGUCAUGUUAGCAUUAGUCAUGUUUUCUAUGGGCUGUACUGUGGAGGUAAAGAAGUUUUGGGGUCAUAUAAAGCGGCCCUGGGGCAUAGCAGUUGGAUUUCUUUGUCAGUUCGGAAUAAUGCCCCUCACAGCCUUUGUACUCUCAUUUGCGUUCAACAUCCUUCCAAUUCAAGCUGUUGCGGUAUUAAUUAUGGGAUGCUGUCCAGGAGGAACUGGCUCCAAUAUUCUGGCAUAUUGGGUGGAUGGAGACAUGGAUUUAAGCAUAAGCAUGACAACUUGUUCCACACUUCUUGCACUGGGUAUGAUGCCCCUCUGUCUGUUUAUUUACACCAAAACAUGGGUAGAUUCCAGUGCCAUUGUGAUUCCCUAUGACAGCAUUGGCAUUUCCUUAGUCGCCCUUGUUGUUCCUGUUGGAAUUGGAAUUUUUGUUAACCAUAAAUGGCCCAAAGCAGCAAAGAAAAUCCUAAAGAUUGGCUCCAUUACCGGAUUCAUACUCAUCAUACUGAUAGCUGUAGUCGGUGGGGUUCUCUACAGGGGAUCUUGGAUUAUUGCCCCGGAGUUAUGGAUUGUGGGAACAAUAUUUCCAGCUGCUGGUUACGCCUUUGGAUUCUUGUUAGCUUACAUAUCAAACCAGUCGUGGCGCGGAUGUCGCACAGUAGCACUGGAAACAGGAAUGCAAAAUACCCAGUUGUGUACCACCAUAGUUCAACUCUCCUUCACACCUGAACAACUGGGCUUGAUGUUCGCCUUCCCACUUAUCUACAGCAUUUUCCAGAUUGCAUUUGCUGCUAUAUUUUUGGUUGGCUAUAGACUGAUAAUCAGAGGACGUAAAAGUGGUGAACAGGAAGAAGAAAACAAAAUGGAGUCCACACUAGGAGAAACAAAUGAAGGGUUCAAAAUGGAAGACAAAUUCAGUAACGGAGAUAUUGAAAAAACUGACAAUGCAUAAAAAUAGCCAGUGAGAUGGACAUAUCACAACAUGGCACUACUGUCACACAUUUAAUUUUCUAAAUGGAAAAAAAAGAGACUUUAAAAAUAUGGAGAGAAUACGUAUGAGAUAUUAUCACUGUUUACAAUGUAUAUAUUGUUAAAAUGUAUUAUAAGAUUUGUGUAAUUUUCUGUAUUUAAUUUCUUGCAAUUGAUUCAUCUUUUUAUGAUACUAUUAAAUAAUUAAAAAAAAUUGAAACUGUCAGUCGACGCUGGUGUACAACAAAGUAAAGAUAAUAUUAUAUAAUAAA